CGGGGCGAGCCGGGCCGGGCCGGGCAGGGCAGAGCCGCGGGCGCGCGCAGGCAGCCGCCGCCGCCGCCGCCGCCAUGGGCUGCACCGUGAGCGCUGAGGACAAGGCGGCCGCCGAGCGCUCCCGCAUGAUCGACAAGAACCUGCGGGAGGACGGCGAGAAGGCGGCGAGGGAGGUGAAGCUGCUGCUGCUCGGUGCCGGCGAGUCUGGGAAGAGCACCAUCGUCAAACAGAUGAAGAUCAUCCAUGAGGAUGGCUACUCAGAGGAGGAGUGCCGGCAGUACAAAGCUGUGGUCUACAGCAACACCAUCCAGUCCAUCAUGGCCAUCAUCAAGGCAAUGGGGAACCUACAGAUUGACUUCGGAGACUCUUCCAGAGCGGAUGACGCUCGACAGUUGUUUGCGCUCUCCUGCACCGCCGAGGAGCAGGGCAUCAUGCCAGAGGACUUGGCCAAUGUGAUCCGGAGGCUGUGGGCUGACAACGGGGUCCAGGCUUGUUUUAACCGCUCCCGAGAGUACCAGCUGAAUGACUCCGCUGCCUACUAUCUGAAUGACCUGGAGAGGAUAGCCCGUGCUGACUACAUCCCCACCCAGCAGGACGUGCUACGCACUAGGGUGAAGACCACCGGCAUCGUAGAGACCCACUUCACUUUCAAGGACCUGCACUUCAAGAUGUUCGACGUGGGUGGCCAGCGCUCGGAGCGGAAGAAGUGGAUCCACUGCUUCGAGGGGGUGACGGCCAUAAUUUUCUGCGUGGCCCUGAGUGCCUAUGAUCUGGUGCUGGCUGAAGACGAGGAGAUGAACCGGAUGCACGAGAGCAUGAAGCUGUUUGACAGCAUCUGCAACAACAAGUGGUUCACGGACACAUCCAUCAUCCUCUUCCUCAACAAGAAAGACCUCUUUGAGGAGAAGAUCGUGCACAGCCCCCUCACCAUUUGCUUCCCCGAGUACACAGGGGCUAACAAGUAUGAUGAGGCAGCUGGCUACAUCCAGAGCAAGUUUGAGGACCUGAACAAGCGGAAGGACACCAAGGAGAUCUACACUCACUUCACCUGUGCCACCGACACCAAGAACGUGCAGUUUGUCUUUGAUGCCGUUACUGACGUCAUCAUCAAAAACAACCUGAAGGACUGCGGGCUCUUCUGAGGGCUGGCGCUGCCCAGGACCCCCGGCCCUGCCGGCAAAAGAAGGACCACAUCGCCCUCCCCACCUCCUGCUUCUCUUUGGAUUCAUCCCUCCGCCCCCACCCCAUAAAGAGACUUUUUGGGUGCCAGUGCAGUGGCAGGGCCCAUGUCCCCCCUGCCACCCAUGCUUGCCCCCCGCCAUCCUUCUUCUCCUCACCGGUGUCACCCUUCCUGGGGAAAACAAGGUUUUCAUCUUGGUUUUUAACCCCUGAACCGCUCCAGCCCCCCUUGUCAUUCGCUCCCGAGCCCUAGCGCUCUCACUGUUUACAUUGCAAGUGUUGCUGGCUGUGGGGGGACACGGGGGGUCCCCUCGGGGAUGCCCACCCAGCCAAAAAACACGACUGAUGACAUUCCUUUUAGUAGACCAGAGAAGAAAGAAAGAAAAAGGAAGAAAAAAAAAAAAAACCACCACAAACUCAAAACCAUGCAAAAAACCACACCACACCGGCUG